GACAAGCCGAUUUCUUAAAACAAUUUGUUGAAAGCUACAAUGUAUUCAAUAAAGAAAGGACUUCCACAAACCGAUCGAAUUUAUGAAGAAAUUAUUUAUUUGGUCAACAAUGACGAUAGUAAAUUCACCAACAGUUCAACAUCUGAGUUUAAUGAACAUCAAAUACCAAUUUUAAGACAAAAUGCUCUUGAUUACAUUGAACAAGCAUUUAAGGUAUCAGAUAAUCAGCACAUUGAGGUGUCCAAAGAUGUUGCUACAAAAAAAUUCUCAAAUAAUACUGAAACAUUUAAUGAGAAUGCAAUUGAGAUGAAAGCUUUUAGUGACAACCCGUACAACCUUUCACCAGGCGCAUCUAUGGUUGGAAACAUUGUUGGACAUGCUUCUCUAGUUCGCACACUUCUUAAACAUGAAUUGCAUCGAUUGAAUGUGCCAAACUUACAAUGGACUAAGUUUGAACUUUUACCAAAAGUUCUAAUUUCAAUUCAUGCAGAAUAUUAUAAAAUUAAUGAGAUUAAUGCUUGUUUUGCCAAGUGGAAUGCUUACUCUGACAUCAACAUAAGCCAUUCAAUAAGUUUUGAUGCAUUUAACAAGUUGCUUGACAUUUUAGUCGAAGAAAAUGAGAACGACGAAAAGGAUAAGAAAAAUGGCAAAGGAAAAUUUAAAAAAGCAUUCCAGAAAAUCAAUCCAUUCAAGAAGAAGAAAAAAACUGACGCAACGGAUGGGAUUGUUGGUGAUCAGCUAAACACAAAUGACGUUGAAAUUGAGAAACUUUUUUGCGAAUCCAAACGAAUUUUGCUUAAUUCGUUUCUUCAGUUCAUGAAGAAUAUUCACGAUAGCGAUGCUGAUACAGGACAAAAACAAGGUGAAUUUGUUGAAGCACAAAAUGGUAUCAAAGUAAACAGUUUCAACAAAAUGUUACAAAUCAUCAAUCGGCUUGAGAGAAUCUACUUAACUGAUGGAGUCUCGAAGGUGCUGUCCAAUAAAAUUGAGUUUUACAAGCUUAUGAUUAAGAAUUUUGAGAUUGGAAUUGUCGAGCAUUUGGACAAAAAUAUUAACAAAGAUCUGUUAAAUCAGUUUGAUGUCAAUGAGCAAAAGUUGAGUGAACUAAUUCGAGUAGUCAAACUGGCUAUUGAGCAUCGUGAAAAGUUUGUGGCUUGCUUUGACCAAAACUUUGACAGUUUCUCAGACAUAUCAAUAUCCAAAAGGAUGUAUGAGAUUUACGACAUCCAAUUUACAGCAUUAAUAAAGCCAAUUGUCCUUGAAAUCUGCAAAUCAAAAUGCUGCAAUGAUAGCGAUGAUGACUUUAUUCAGAAAGAAGAAGCUGUAAUCAAAAAACUUUUUGAACUUUAUCGUGAGCUUGAAAUGUUUGUAAAUUAUGGAAAGCAGCACUUUGUUGACAACAAAUUUGGAACAUCUCAAUUCUAUAGCUGGUUUGCACCUGGAGUUGACAAGUUUUUCAAAUUCUUUGCAUUUCAUGCUAAGACGAGAAUAAUAAAAUCCAUCGAGUCUGAUCUUUUAAAACCUGAUUCUGAUACUGGAAAAAUGUCAUCAUCAGUCAUCGACACAAUGCAGACGAUAUUUUCAAUCAAGCGUAAUUGGGAUGUACUUAUAGGGCUAACAAAGACGAAGGAAGCCAACAUGUUGAAGAGAAUUGUAGAACAAUUUUGUUCAUUUUCUAAGAUUUACCUUGAGACUUUUCUGGAUAAAAGUAGGAAAAGUUUGGAAUCUAAAAAUCUUGAGUCACUUCAAGUUCCAACAGAAUUGUCAAUUUUAGUUGCCAAUUUUAACUAUUUUGUCGUUAAUUUUAAGGAAUUGAUUGAUGAGCUUACAAAAGAUAAAGCAAUAGAUCAAAAUAUCAUCAACAAACAAAUCGACAAUACUCAACUAAACCUCAAAAUCAUGAUUCACAAAUUUAUCGACUUUGCUAUUCAAAAAUUGAGUCCAAUGAUUAAGGAGGCAAUAUAUGAGGAUAUAGACGAAAAUCAAACGACCCUUGGAAGAUCAUUGUUUAAUAGAAUCGAGCAAAUGCUUAUGAUUUUCUUGGAUGAAUUUAAAGAACGAGAAUUCAAAAAAUCGAGGUUAAUUUUAUGGCAAAAUGUAGUUAAAGCUCUCGAACAAAGUGCUCAAAAUGGGCUGAAAACCAAAAUGUCUUCAAAAUUCUUUACAAAUUUACAAAAAGUUUUUGAAGACUCAAAAGCCGCUUUUAAGUACAAUAGUGAUACCAACUUUAUUGAAGACAUACAAACAACAAGGAAGGUCAAAAAUCUUGAUCGCUUGCUGCAACGCAACAGGUUCAGUAUAUCUGAACUGAUCUGUCAAUACUACGCAAGUCGACAUGAAAGCCAGCAAAAGUUUAAAGACGACGGAGUGAAUCUUUAUGGAAAUUUGACAGUCAAAUGCUUUAUUUACCAAAAUGUAUUGACUAUUGAGAUCAAAAAGCCUGAAAACCUUGCUCCGAUUGAUGAUGAUGGCAUCAGAAAUCCGUAUGUGAAAAUUCUUAUGAUUCCAAAAGAUAAAUUUCCAAAUCCUCGCAAAAUUAAAUGGCAAAAUAAGAACAAUGGAAAUAUAAUGUCAAGCAGAAGAAAUAUAACAUUGAAAAAGGAUGUAAACAUAAAUGAAUCUUACAUCCACUUUAAAGUCAAAGACGAGGAAUCACUACUAUUAAUGUUUAGGUCAUUUUGUGCCUCAUUGAAUUGUUUCGAAUGCAGAAGUCCAGAAGAAAGAAACAGCAGAUUUUUAGGAGAAGCAUUCAUAUCAUUUAAGGAUAUUCCAGAAGUUAAUCAAGGCAAUGACACUCAAGAUAUUGAAUUGACGCUAACGAAACUACAAAGUUGCGGUAAGAUAGAACUCACUUUAUUUCUAGUAGAAUGCUAUACUUAAAGGCUAGUAUAUAUGAAGGCGUACGGUCGAUUAAUGAUUAAUUCUUCGGAGUUUGUAAAUACCAAUCGUACGUCUAGUUAGGAACUAGAAAUGAUAUUUAGUGUUCCUCUAAAAUUUAACAAUUUUUAUUGAAUAUUCUAGAUCUAGAGCCAUUAAAAGCCAUCAAUCAAUCAGCCAAAGCUGGAAAUAAGCAAGCCAUCAAGUUUUUAAAAAGCUUAGAAAAUAAUUCGCAUAUAAAGCUUAAGUUUGAAGAUGAUCCUAAUAACGAAAACGUUCAUUCUUAAUCAUUUUAAAACUGCUGUAUAAGUGCGACGAGAAACUUAUGUAUUUCAUCUGAAAAUUCUCAAAUUUUACUACGGAUUUCGAAACAUUAACCUUAUAUUUUAAAGAAAAAGUGAAACUUAUAGUACU